GGGAAGAAAAGAAGAAGAUGGUCUUUUUUUUUCCUCGUAGUUUUUGCUACUCGGAGGCAUGGGAUGUGGUUUUGAGUCAGAAAGGCUCACGAUAUUAUCGGGUGAAACAAUUUAAAUAGAGCCACUUCAAAACGUCGUGUACCUUCGCUGGAAUUAAAUGGAAGGUUCCCUGUCUUUGCCUUCGCUGAGGCUCCUGGCCCCACCUUUGCGGGUAAUGUCAGCCAUCAUGUGGAAGGUGGUUCACUUGCGGAGCACAAAGCAUUAUGGGAGAGUGGUGGAGUUUAUCACCUUGGUGAAUGAAGCCAUCCCUGAUAUCUUGACUCACAGACAGUGGACACUGAUUAUGCUGGGAUUGAAACUCAAGAUGUUAAGUUGCGAGCCGGAUGUCAAAUGUGUUAAAACUGUCCUGGAGAGCAUUCUUCUAAGAAGUUCAGAGCAGGCUCAUCCAACAAACGAUCCUUUUGAGAGCAACUUAUCCACACUUGUUCUAAGACUUGUGGAUGACCAUGAAUGGAGAGAACAUUUCCUAAAGAAUGAGUUCCCGGUGCAUUAUGGGCCAGACUUUGACACCGCACUGGAAACGUUGGUGUCUGACUUCUUCAACAGAUUGGAUGGGCUGCUGCUUAUUCCGGAUUUUAAACAGACCUCACUGUGGGUUGGCAAUGAUGCGUCAACCCUGCUGGAAGCAUACCAGCAAUACGCUUGUGAAGCCGAAGACUUCCCAGCACUGCUCAGACGCACAAUCCAAAGAGGAAAAUUGGCCAAGAUAAACACCAACGACACGUCUUCCUCAGAACAACAGCUCCUCUCAUCACUGACUGUCCCCGUCUCCACGAAGGAGAACAACUCAUCCUGUCAGAGCGUGAUCGAUAACAGUCGGGAAUGCUUUCGGCAGAGCACCACCGAUGCCGAAGAAAUCACUUGGACGUACGUCAUCCAACAGGACCUUGAGAUUUGCUCUCAGGAAGAAACCGUUCUCACCACUUUGAACAAUAACAAAGACGAAGUAACAGUUGAGCUCGUUUUGGAUGACCAACCUUCAGCCGCCACGUCAGUUCCCGACGCACCGGCCCCCCAUCCCGUCACAUCCGGCGGCCGUCGGCGGCAAAGGGUUGCACACAAAUGCACUCACUGUAAUAAGUGCUACAUUUAUCGUUACGAACUCCUGGAACAUCAGCGCAUCCACACUGGAGAGCUGCCUUACAAGUGUACUCAAUGCGGGAAGGCCUUUAGGAGAAGCUCAGAUCUGUCGUGUCAUCGGCGGUCACGGUGCAGGAAAGCGGCCUACAUUUGCCUCAAAUGUGGCAACAGCUUCCAGUCCAUACAGGAGAAAUUUAAACACCGCUGUCUUCACAAUACACAAAAGCUGGAGUGUUCUCAGUGCAGAAAAAGCUUCAAGAAGACGUGCCAGUUGGAAAAGCAUCAGCUGAUUCACACUCGGAAGCGGCUCUUCACAUGCAGGCAGUGUGGGGAGAAGUUCUCCAGUAUGAGCGAGCUGAAAUUUCAUCGGAAGACUCAUCCGGCGGGGCUGUCCAAUCAGUGCACGCGUUGUGGCAAAAUGCUCCCUUCCGCGGCGUCUCUGGCAGCUCACGAGGAGCGCCACGAAAAACAGAAAACGCAUGCUUGUGCGGUUUGUGCCAAAUCCUUCAGGAACAAACACGAACUGACUCGCCACAAGCGCAUGCACACAGGCGAGAGGCCAUACCAAUGCCCGUACUGCGAGAAACGUUUCUACAUGUCGGCGAACCUCACUGUCCACAUACGCACCCAUACCGGGGAAAAACCAUACCUGUGCCCCGACUGCGGCAAAGCUUUCGCGUCGGCCGGCGAGCUGCAGAUACACGGACGCAUCCACACAGGGGAAAGGCCUUACAAAUGCAACGUGUGUGAUAAAGGAUUCACUAUGGCCGCCAAACUAACAUGCCACAUGCGCGUUCACACCGGGGAACGCCCUUACGUCUGCGCCGACUGCGGAAAAGGCUUUUCGAGUAGUGGCCAGUUGAAAAUUCAUAACAUGAGCCACACGGGAGUCCGACCCUACCCCUGUCAGUUGUGCCCGAAAGGCUACAAGGUCCUCAAUCACCUGAAGAGGCAUUUGAAAUCUCACGGCAUCCAAGAACCGUCAGUCUGAUACGAUCCACCCAUUUCCUCUGCUGCUGUCCCCGUUCGGCUCACAGAUGAGAUGGAGUUUAUCUCGGGCCAUUUUGGGCGAGGUACACCAAGGACCGGUUCUCAGUCAGUUACAGGCAUUGCAGACACAACUACUCACCCUACUCAACUACUCACGGGAAGUUUACGGUCCUUAACGAAUGUACAUCCAUGCUUUAUUGAUCUUUUGCCCAUCGCGUCAAAUGGCUUUUGUUUUGCCUGUACUUAACCGGGCUGCCGCCAUGGAGGUUGAACAGUUUAUUUUUCCUGCGUUAAAUUGUGUAAAUACUUGCUACGACUACUUUGUUCUGCUGAGAAAUAAAACAAAGUUCCAUUAUACAUACAUGUUCCAUUUUUUUUACAGACCUAGUUUAGGCUGGUUCCACUUGUAUACUAUUAAAAGAAUGUGUUCCCAUAUCUUUGCUCUUGUUAUGAACUGCUAAAUGUUGAAUGCUAACUGGAAAAAAAAUAUAACAUUGUGUGUGUUCUU